UCAUGCAACAAACCCCACCUCCAUAUUUGGUCACAGAAAUUUAAGCACGAACGCUAAAAUUGAUAUUUCUCUAAAACUUCCUUGAAGGUCCGGUGAACCCGACACAGUCUUAAGUCUCCACUGUGGUAGCUAGCCUCCCUGUCCUGUCGUGGGCUGGCGGUCACCGUUGUUUGUUGUGUUCUAAGUUCGUAGUUUUAUAUGGUUGAAAGUUGAGAGAGUUGAUAGUGAGAUAAAAGGGGAAAAGCCAAAACAAAGACAAACAGUGCUUGUUCAAGUCCCAAGCAGAGUUUUGGAUUUUCGGGUUUUGGUCAUCAUUGAGUUGCAAAUUGAAGUCUGUUUCUAGCUGUUGGCAAAAUAUAUGGGUCUGUCUUUUUCCUUACUCCUAUCCGCGUGUAAGGAAAUUCUGAAGCACAAGAUUUUUAGAUUACCGGAGAGCUUCGAUGCCGUCCUCAUGAGGUCCAUGAGCUUCGAAGGCAAAGAUGAAAAGGGUGUCUUGAAAUCAUCUAGCUUCAAAAAACAAGAUUCAGAAACUGUAACAACUUCCAAUUUUGGGUCAGGUAAAAUGGUUACGGAGAGGUCAAUGAGCUUCAAAAAUGGGGAAUCCAAAGAAUUGAAGCCUGAACAUAAUUCCGUUCCUGAUCACCAAAAAGGUUCAGGGUCAAAAGCUUCAACGCUUAGAAGCCCAGAAAAAGUGCAGAUACAGAAACCCACAAUUCUGCUUCCGGAACCAGUGAUAAUGUUUUCACCAAGGCCAGUUAGUGAGCUUGAUGCUGCUGCAACCAAGCUUCAGAAAGUGUACAAGAGUUACAGGACCAGACGGAGCCUUGCAGAUUGUGCAGUUGUAGUUGAGGAACUCUGGUGGAAGGCCCUGGACUUUGCUGCUCUAAAACGGAGUUCAGUGUCAUUUUUCAACAUUGAGAAAAAUGAGACUGCACUGUCCCGAUGGUCACGUGCUAGGACAAGGGCUGCCAAGGUUGGAAAGGGCUUGUCUAAAGAUGAGAAGGCUCAGAAAUUAGCUUUACAACAUUGGCUUGAAGCUAUUGAUCCACGACAUCGAUAUGGACAUAAUCUACACUUCUAUUAUGAUGUUUGGUCCGAAAGCAGGAGCACCCAACCAUUCUUUUACUGGUUGGAUGUGGGUGAUGGUAAAGACUUCAACCUUAAGAAGUGCCCCAGGACUGUUUUACAACAUCAAUGCAUCAGAUAUCUCGGACCAAAUGAAAGGGAGGCAUAUCAAGUAAUUGUGGAAGAUGGAAAGCUAACAUACAAGCAAGCUGGUGUGCUUGUUGACACAGUAGAAGGGUCAAAAUGGAUAUUUGUGCUGAGCACUUCAAGAGCUUUAUACGUGGGGCAGAAGAAAAAGGGUGUUUUCCAGCAUUCAAGUUUUCUGUCUGGAGGGGCCACAACCGCAGCUGGAAGACUAGUUGCACAUGAUGGGGUUCUUGAGGCUAUAUGGCCAUACAGUGGUCACUAUCUUCCAACAGAUGACAAUUUCAAGGAAUUCAUUAGCUUCUUGGAGGACAACCAUGUAGAUCUAACCAAUGUCAAACAAUAUGCAGUAGACGAUGACAGCCGCUCAUAUAAUAAAGCUAAGAGUGACAAGUCGAAGUCAGAGGAGGUGGAAAGUUUAUCCACAACAGCAACACUGACAUUGGACAUAAAUUCUGCUGUGAAUGGAAAUGGGCCCAUCAACGACAACCAAUCUUCCAUCCCAGCUGUUGAUCAACAAGAUAUGGUGGAGAACAGAUCAGAAGCGCCAGUGUUCGACUUGGCCAAACGUUUGUCUUGCAAGUGGACGAGUGGAGUUGGUCCACGUAUUGGGUGUGUGAGAGACUAUCCUACAGAGCUGCAAUUCAGAGCACUGGAGCAAGUGAACCUAUCACCCAAACUUGCAACGGGACAUGUUGGGAACUGUGGUCCUAUUCCUUCACCGAGGCCUAGCCCAAAGAUGCGAGUCUCACCUAGGCUUGCCUAUAUGGGUCUCCCUAGUCCACGGCUACCUUCACCUGCAACUUGACACGUGUCCAAGGCUCACUGCUCAAUACCAUUUCAGAAAAUAAAAUAGUUAGGCACCUCUUGUGCUCUCUAUAGCAUGAUCUUUAUUCUAUGGGAGUUAGAAUUUAAUGUUAUUCGUUCAUUUUAUUAAUUUUUUUUUUUUUUGGGGGGUAAUAAUCUCAAGUUGUACAUAUGUUCUUCCUAUGUAUUACUGAAUUUAGAUUAUAGAAAGAGAAUUUUCUUUUAUUUUGUUUUUA